CCCGCAAUUACACUGUCACUGAUUCAUUUGUAUUGCACACACAGGGUUAUCACCCGGGCGAAGGGGACCACCGCACGGCACAAACGUGCCAAACUUUUGCAGGGUCCAUCCAGAUUAGCGCAGCACACAAGGCCAAGCACCGUUCUUCCCAAACUCUGAUACAGGUUGACAACCCGAGGUGCGCUCGGCUUCAAAAGUCCCAGCUUCUGGCCCCCAUCGUCCGCCACAGGCGACGUCGGGCUUCUGCCAUUCAUCGGCAGGAAUAGUAAUCAGACGCACGCCUCGCCCCUCGCCAUCUUGGCUACCUGGUUCGUACAACAUGCGAUUGGCUUCCCAAUCUUUUUCGUCUUUACGUAUAUCCAAACUUGAUCCAGACCGCGUUUGUCAGCCGGUGUCAGGCAGAUACGACCCAUUGGAAAGUGUGGCUCCCGCACUCCGAAGCUGUUUAAGUUUGAAGGGCCACAUGUACAGAGCAGUGGGGUGAUAGGCCGGGAGACGGCCUCGAAUUCUGCGCAGUAGGGACUCUACUACGCCUAUUUCGCAGCCCAGCAUGUUCCCGUACCACAGACCCAUUGGAUAUCCAGGAGAUUCACCGGAAGCCGAGGUUGUCCCUUAGUGUGCUCCUGAGAAUGGCAGUGCAGAAUCUGAUAGCAAGAAAUUGACCCCAUGGGAAACGCCUCUUUUGAGAGGAAGGGGGACGAUCAAGGCACUCCGGGCGCGGACAGGGAAUAGCCAACGCUCGGCUUCAAGCUACAGAAUCUCGGAGAUACUGGUGGUGGCAUCUGCCGCCCGCAGCGUGUCCCAUCAAGGAUUCGAUAUGGACGGGCCAAACAUGCCACACUAAAGACUUCGCGGUGAUACCGAUCAGGAGCUUCCUAUGAAUCUUACUUCCAGGUCAAGUUCAGGCUCGACUUCUCUCUUCUCCGCGGUACCCUCGAUUCGGUAAUUUUAUAAUAUCCGUUUGGGUUAUAAGGCUCCUACGCCCGGCCGUUCAGACGCUCCAACUACCUCCCCCGUACCAUGUCUGCCAAAUCAACCUCGUCGACACCUGUGCAUAGUCAGUCUCUUGUCACGCACCCGGCGCUACACUUGCGCGAUGCCCGCGAUGCGCACAUAGUCUUCGAAGCUGUCCGACUCAACAUUCUGCCACUCGUUACUCGGCGACUCACAACAGUCGAGAGAGAGCAGCUCAACUCUGGGAACGUCUUUGUGUGGGAAGAGGCAGAGCACAAGCAAGGCGGUCUGGAACGUUGGACAGACGGUAGAAGAUGGUCGCAGAGCCGCAUGCGCGGUGACUACCUCUUCUAUGAGGAAAAGAUCGAUAUAACUCCCGAAGAGCGGGACGCCAAAGCCGCCCGUCGAGCGCGGAAGACCUUGGACCCCUUCUCAUACCAACCCGCUCCAGUUCGUCGUCAGGACAGGCCUUCGAAGCCAGACGGCUUGACGAAGCAAACGUAUUCCAUUCAGGUACACAGCAGUAGCUAUGAGUUGCCCAAAAAGUGGCAUAUUGUGGCCUAUUUUUCGGGGGAUGAUUACACCCGUCUCCCCGUCGUGGACAACUACGAAUAUCUCCGCAAUAUCCGCAUCCCUGACGGAGUGUACUUUGCUAAAGGCAAUCCCGCCAAAGGUGGCCGAAUCGUGCUCAACAUUGGCGAGGACUGUGAUCAUGAUCCCGACGCCUACGACGACCAACCAGGUUGGAUCACUCCGUCGUGGCCCCAACCCGUAUCCGAUGUCGCUCACGACGGAGCUGGCCCGUCGCGGCACAGUUCACUAUCCUCAGCCUCGUCAGGCCCGUCAUAUGCGCAGCAGCCCAGUCGGCCUUCGCCUCGCCCUGAUCAUACGGACGCACGAUAUUCGCUCCCACGUCUGUCCACCGUGGCACCUCCGCAUCAUCUGACCGGACAGCCGCGCCCAACAUGUACUCCGGGAAGCCCCUACAGUCCGCUCACACCUGAAGACAGGAAAGCGCUCAACAGCUUCCGCGUAGUCCUUUAACUCCUAGGAGUAUUCAUUGCAGACUGACGCGAUGAGAUGCUGGCAGGGGGACCAAGAUGUGGCAGGUCAUUGGAUCGAGCUUGCUAUGCUUUUUUCUUUUUUCAUCGUACGGUAAUUGCUACCGGUGGGCAAGUUGGGACUUAUAUUACUCAAAGUCGGAUAGGCACUGAUUUAAACUGUUUCGUAUCGUCGGCAUGAAAUGCGCAAAGC